AUGUAGGAAGCAUAACAAGACUUGCCUUAAUGGUUAAAGGCAUUAAAAAGAUCAAUUAUCAAUAAUAGAUAGCUUUAGUUUUCUAAUAUGUCUCAAAUCGCUUAUGUAUUUAAUGGAGAAGCCGGCAUAGAUAAUAUUACUUUUGAUUCUUAUGAGAAAGUAAUUAGUGAUAAUCCAUUACAAGAAUAUUCCCUCAUUUACACAAUUGAUUCUAGAAAAAAUACUUUUAAUGAAAUGAAAAACAAUAAAGUUGUUGAACUUUGUUGGUAUUUCCCAUUGACUAAAGAAUAAUAUAAAAUAAAAUGCCAUUUCUCUUUUAUUGCUUUAUAAUAAACAUAAAUAAAUGAUAUAUAAAUAACAGAAGAAAUCUUAAUUGAAUAAUUACCCUAAAAUUAAAGAGAAUUAUUAGAAAAUGCAUGGAAUAAAGUUGAUAAAGAGGCAAAAAAAUUGUAUCAAUCACCUCAUCCAGAUACCUGCAAACCUAACUAAGAACCUUUAGAUGAUUUAGAGCGUUUUAAUACUCCCGAAAAAAAUAAAAUAUCUAAUAAUUUUGCUCUAUUAGUGCUUACUCCUUUCAGAAUGGAACAUACUUCAUUUGCUAUGCCUUAAGUUGUUGCUGAUGGUCGUAAAGAAUUCGAAUCUAUAUUUAAACCCUACAAAAAACACUCAAAAUAUUUAUAUGUAAUUGAGAAUAAUCAAUGGAAAGUUCAUACUCUUAAUCCUUGA